CACUCGGCCCAGCGGCCUCACUGGGAGUCUCCACAGGGUGCUGAUCGGCCACUGCUGCCACUUCGGACUCUGGGGGGUGAACGUGGGAAUCCUGGCUCUUGACCCCGAGAAGAGACUGCGGCACAGGGAAAUGGCGGCUCGGCCAAAGUCCCCCCACUGCAGAAGGCUGGUCCUGCUGUGCGUCCUUUGGGCGGCCCGGUGGGGGGCCGCGGCUGGACAGAUGCGCUAUUCUGUGCCAGAGGAGAGCGACCAAGGUGCUUUCGUGGGCAACAUCGCCAAAGACUUGGGGUUGGAGCCCGUGGCCCUGGCGGAGCGCGGCGUCCGCAUCGUCUCCAGAGGUAGGGCGCAGCUUUUCGCUCUGAGCCCGCGGAGCGGCAGCCUCGUCACUGCGGGCAGGAUCGACCGCGAGGAGCUCUGCGCCCAGAGCGCGCCCUGUCUCCUGAACUUUAACAUCCUUCUAGAGGAUACACUAAAUAUUUAUUCGGUGGAGGUCGAAAUAACAGACAUCAAUGACAACACUCCUCACUUUGGAGUAGAAGAAUUGGAAAUAAAAAUCAGUGAAACCACCACACCAGGAUUCCGAAUUCCUCUUAAGAGCGCUCAUGAUGAAGACAUUGGCGGGAACAGCCUGCAAAAAUACGAGCUCAGCCCAAAUGACCACUUCUCCCUGGAAAUGCGAAGCGCAGCAGACGCGAACAAGCACCCGGAGCUGGUGCUGCAGCGUGCCCUGGACCGCGAACAAGAGGCAGUCCACCAUCUCCUCCUCGUCGCUUCCGACGGGGGUGACCCCAUCCGAUCGGGCACCUUACGGAUCCGAGUGACAGUCCUGGAUGCGAACGACAACGCGCCGGUGUUUACUCAGCCUGAGUACCAUGUCAGUGUCCCAGAGAACGUGCCUGUUGGCACCCGAAUACUCACGGUCACUGCCACCGACGCAGAUGAGGGGCACAACGCUGAAGUGGCAUACUUUCGAGAAAAAAAGCCUAAAGAAACAUCAGAGGUAUUUGAGCUUAAGUCGACAUCCGGAGAUAUUGUGAUCACCAAAAAUCUAGAUUAUGAAGAUGUCAAAUACCAUGAAAUAGAUAUAGAAGCUCAAGAUGGUCCAGGCCUUCUGACCAGAACCAAGGUCAUGGUCACUGUUCUGGACGUGAAUGACAAUGCCCCAGAAUUUUACAUGACUUCUGUUACCAGCUCAGUUCCUGAAGAUGCUCCCCCAGGAACCAUGAUUGCCCUUUUCAACGUGCACGACAAGGACUCUGGGCAGAACGCAUUUCUCCAAUGUUCACUCCCACAGGACCUUCCUUUCAAAUUAGAGAGGUCGGUGGACAACUACUAUCGACUAGUUACAACCAAGCCCCUGGACAGGGAACAGAUUUCCCUCUACAACAUCAGUGUGACCGCUAACGAUGAAGGGAACCCGCCUCUGUCCUCCAAUGCUCAAGUUUUACUGCAGGUGACAGACAUCAAUGACAACCCGCCUGCCUUCCUACAGACUUCCUAUUCUGCCUACAUUCCCGAAAACAAUCUUAGAGGCGCCUCCAUCUUUUCUGUGAUGGCCCAUGACCCUGACAGCGGUGACAACGCACAUGUAACCUACUCUUUGGUGGAGCAAACCAUCCAGGAGGCGCCCCUGUCCUCCUAUGUCUCCAUCAAUGCAGACACAGGAGUCUUAUAUGCCUUGAGCUCCUUUGACUAUGAGCAGUUUCGAGCCCUGCACCUGUGGGUGGCUGCCAGUGACAGCGGGGACCCAUCCCUCAGCAGCAACGUGUCGCUAAGCCUGUUAGUGCUGGACCAGAAUGACAAUGCUCCUGAGAUCCUGUACCCCACGCUCCCCACCGAUGGCUCUACUGGUGUGGAACUAGCGCCUCGCUCUGCAGAGCCGGGCUACCUGGUCACCAAGGUGGUGGCGGUGGACAGAGACUCUGGACAGAACGCCUGGCUGUCCUACCGCCUGCUCAAGGCCAGCGAGCCAGGGCUCUUCGCGGUGGGCGUGCACACGGGCGAGGUGCGCACAGCGCGGGCCCUGCAGGACAGGGAUGCGCUCAAGCAGAGCCUGGUGGUGGCUGUCCAAGACCACGGUCAGCCUCCUCUCUCUACCACCGUCACACUCACCGUGGCCGUGGCUGACAGCAUCCCCGAAGUCCUAGCCGACCUGGACAGCAUCAAGGCCCCUGCAGACCCUGAUGACUCAGGCCUCACGCUGUACCUGGUGGUGGCUGUAGCGGUGGUCUCCUGCGUCUUCCUGGCCUUUGUCAUUGUGCUGAUGGCACUCCGCGUGUGUCACUGGCACAAGUCUCAUUUGAUGCCGGCAGCCAUUGGUGGUAUGGGGGCAAUGCCUGCUGCACCUUUUGAGGCUGUGGAUGGGGUGCGGGCUUUUCUACAGAUGUAUUCCCAUGAGGUCUCCCUCACCACGGACUCUCGGAAUAGUCACCUGAUCUUCCCUCAGCCCAACUAUGCGGACACGCUGGUCAGCCAGCAGACCUGUGAGAAAAGCGAUUUUCUCUCCGCAUCUCAAUCUCUACUUGAAGGUAACGGAGAAGAAACACUUCCACAGGUAAACUAG